AUGGACUUCGAUAUGCAAGGCUCGCUCUUGUUUCAGCCUCAAACACAGCCAGAGGAGCCAAUCAGAAUCGAGGAUUCCCUCCUAUUUUCACAAAGCCAGCCCCACGCCGAUCCAGGCUCGCCGCUUCACUUCUCACAAGCUCCUCUAGAGCAGGAUGACUCUGAAAACAGGCCAGAGGGCUCAAAGGAGGUGAAGUUGUUCAAUGGAAAGAGGAUUUUUCUCAAGAAAAGAACACCGCAGCCCGUCAGCGUGGACUACUCAGAUACCAUCCUAGACAUGGAUAAGCUCCAUGAACAGGUCGAGAAGAGAAGAACGACAAGGGAUGCCAUAAACGAGGUGAGAAAAAGCAGAAUCAGCGAAAAGGCAAACUCUUCAGUUGCUCAAAGCGACAGCGGCAUAUGGACAGAAAAGUACCGCCCAAAGUCCUUCUUUCUGCUCUGUCCAGCAGGAAACGAGCGUCAUUACCGUGCCAUCAUGCACUGGCUUCGACUCCGAGAAAAAGAAAAGAAAGUUCUUCUAGUUCACGGUCCCCCUGGUGUGGGCAAAACGGCAGCUGUGCAUGCUCUUGCUGACCAGGCCGGUUACGGUGUCUAUGAAGUGAAUGCAGCAAACGCCUUGGACAAUGACCGUGGCGACAGCUCUUCGAACGCGUAUUCAAGGCAGCUCGCAAAGCUACGUCAUCGUAUGAGGAUUGCUCUUACUUCGAACGACGUGACGUGCAUGGACAAGCCAACUUGUCUCGUGAUAGACGAGGUAGACUGUGCCGCCAACGCCAACGACGUGGUGAGGGUGAUUUCGGAGAUUGUCAACUCGAGAAAAUUCAAACUUGCUAGACCUAUUAUCUGCAUUGCGAACGACGCUUUCUCAGGAAAGGCCAUGGAGAAGCUACGUCCGCUUUGCGAGCUCGUGGGGUUCAGAAGACCUGUGGCCACCGCUCGUUCAGGUCCCGGUAAAAUGCAAAGAGUGAAUGUUAGCGCCCAAAAGACCGUCAAGGAGCACUUGAUGGAGAUUUCAAACAAGGAGGGCCUUCAAAUGGACAGGAAGGAGAUUGCAGAUGUGUUCGAAACAUGUGAAGGUGAUAUGCGUGCUUGCAUUAACCAAAUGCAAUUUGCCGGCCGCAGACUCGACAAGGCUCUUCACCUCGGAAAGAACAAUGGUAACUACUCAUCGAAGGAUAAAAAUGUGUCUUGGUUUGCGCUUGUGGAUAGGCUUUUUGCAAGAGACCGGUAUCUUUCAAAAGACGAAGACGCCUUGGAUGUCUACGAUAUGCUUUUAUCAGGAGAAGGCAACUCAUCCGCUUCACUUGACAAAGUCAUUCGUGGAUGCUUCAAUCGGUAUCUUGAGGCAACUCACUUUCAAGACGACUCACUCAUACGGCCUGCCGAAAUCUCAGAUUGGCUACAUUAUUACGACAGAUUUCAUUCCCGUCCAGGUGGAGACCCAGCUGGAUACUCUACGCUAGCACCCCUCAAGUUCUGGUCGCUCUUCAGUGAGAUCGAUCCACCUAGAAAUCAUGAAACAGUGAUCGUACCCAAUGCAAAAAGCUUGGAUUUUGAGACUAUGGAGCUUAUCAAGCAGAACAAGUCUAUACUCAUGGCUAUCAACGAGAACCUUCCUAUCAGCUUGAAGCUCUCUUGCUCCACAAGCUCUGACUUUUAUGCAUGUCAAUUCCUUCCGAUGCUUGACAUCAUGCUAUCACCAAAUGCCGGCUCUUCACGGGUGAAGCUGACGUUGCGUGUGGGUGAGCAGCGCUUGGUGGAACGAGCCGCGCAUAUUGUCAAGCUGCUUGGCCUCAGGCUCGAAACGCUGAAGAACAUGGAGACAGGAAGUGUAUCUCUUGCAUUUGGACCAAACUGGGACUCGAUCACCAUUUUUGAAACAGACGUUGCGCCAGUAUUGCUGACCCAAAAGAGCAAAUUACUCAACACGAAACGUAACUGGUUGUUCCCUCUCCUCCAAGCUGAAUUUGACCUAACCAUGGCUCAAAAGGUUAAACGUGUUGCCCUGAGGGUUGCUCCUACGGCUCCUAAGCCAAAGCGGCCAAGGAAGCAAGUGAGUGCACCAGACUUUUUUGCGAAGAAGAAGUCGGAAAACGAUACCCUGGGUGAAUCAAAAGCCUCCGAUGAUGAAGAAGCCAAGUCACAAGAGGAUGCGAAUUCCGAUCAGAGCAAGCUAGACCAGGAGGCCGAAAAGUCCGCCAGAAUAUGGGUCAAAUUCAACGAAGGUUUUUCUAACGCUGUCAGAAAAAACAUUGGCUGGGUUGACCUCUGGGCGUAG